CCCGUUCUCCCCUCUGGCCCCCAGCCCCACCAUGCUGUGUGUGCUGCUCCUGGUGGCCCUGCUGGGCCUGGCGGGGGCGCUGCCCUUCGAGCAGACGGCCUUCUGGGAUUUCUCCAUGGACGACGGCCCGGCCCUGCAGAACGACGAAGAGGCCUCGGGCAUCUUCCCCACCUCGGGGGUCCCUGACUUCGAGGACGUCGUCACCACCUACGGGGGCCUGUGCCCGUUCGGCUGCCACUGCCACUUGCGGGUGGUGCAGUGCUCUGACCUGGGUAUGCCCGGACGCCGGGGUUCCUGUCCCAGCAGUGGGGUGGUGUCUGGUGGUUAG